AUGUCUUCUCCAAACCGAUCCGCAGGCUUACCACCUGAUUCUCACUCUUCUCCCCCUUCUCGCUCUGAGGAGGAACAGCGUCGUCACAGCUUCUCCCAGUUUCUCUUGCCUGGUGACACUGGCUUGUCCUCUGGUCCGUCCAGCACAUCUUCUGGCCCAGACCUAGCUGCUCAGACAACUGAAUCCAUCAACGGCUCUGAUCCUGCCUCAACAUCUCAAGACUUGAACCCUUCCACCACUGCGAGUCCAGUCGAGCCCCCUGUUGGUCUUCGUCGUGUGCACGCAACCACAGACUUGACAUCCUUACAAAACUUCCCUCAGAUCACAGACUCUCCUGAUCUUGUUCUCGACCCUGCAAACAUCCCAUCAGAAGACGGUUCACUUGAGCAUGAACACCAAACUGCAAACCAAGCAGACAAUCAACACACUCGUGCUCCACUCUUCUGGACUGAUGAACCCGGCUGGAGUUUUGCAAGCAUCCGUGGUGUGGCAGCGAAUUCUACACAAGGUCUUCCAAAUUCUCUCCCAACGCAAACAAGCACUCGAUUCACUGGCACUGUCCUCUUCUGGUCUCAUGAGCCGCAUCGGAGUUUUCAAAACAGCCCUGGUCUGGCAGUAAAUUCAGCGCCCAACCUUCCAAAUUCGAUCCCACCUCAAACUCUUCCAAGUCCAUUACUGAAUCACGAGCGUCCAACUUCACCAGCCACUGAACAUUCACAUUCUUCUAACACUGUCCUGAACCACGAACAUUCAACCUCACCAGCCACUGAACGUUCGCAUUCUUCCAAUACUCUACCGAAUCACGAACAUUCAACCUCACCGACCACCCUUCUGAUUCGUGAGCGUUCGAACUCACCAGCCACUGUACAUUCAGAUUCUUCUCAGACUCUCCUGAAUCACCAACAUCUAGACUCACCGACCACCCUUCUGAUUCGUGAGCGUUCGAACUCACCGGCGACUGUACACUCAGAUUCUUCUCUUACUCUCCUGAAUUACGAACAACCAGACUCACCGAACACUGUUCUGAUUCAUGAGCACUCAAACUCACCGGCAACUGAUCCUCUGUCAAACACUCCGUUUAUCCAAGAAUCUCAAACCUCAGCGAACACUCUUCUGAUUCAUGGGCGUUCAGACUCACCGGCAACUGACCCUGUGUCAAUCACUCCGUUCAACCAAGAACCUCCAAGCUCACCAGACACUCUUCUGAUUCAUGAGCGAUCAGACUCACCGGCGACUGAACAGUUGCCGUUCACUCUACAACAUCACGGCCGCAUCGUCAACCCUCUCUUUCCGCGCCCUGGUCAGGUGACUCACACGACUCAGGCUUCGCAGCCUAGCGACAUCAACAUGACUCGCCUCCUUUAUCCUGGCCGCCGUGCCUUCACUACAACACCCAUCCCAGUCGACCAGGAUGGGGCCCGUCGCAGCGCAACGGACUCCCAACUCUUGGGAGUCCCGCGCCUGCGGCGGGUGGCACGGUCUGGCUCUCUCCGCUCCCUGGCCAUGGGCCAAGCCGAGGCCGACGAGGCCGAGGACAUGACGGCUGCCUCUGCGGAGGCUGAAGAGGACGGGGCUCCGGCCCAGGGGCAAUGGCAAGCUCCUGAAGACAGGUGGUCUUCAGGAGAGGAAGACGAGGAGGGCGAGGAGGGCGAGGAGGGCGAGGAGGACGAGGAGGACGAAGAGGAGGAAGGGCGCGUCAACCUUGACGAGGUUGACGCCCCGGUUGCGGAGCAACUCCGCGCCGGGCUCGCUCACUUGAGCGAGGCCCUUGUCGACAUCGACGUCCUCGACGGCGAUCUCCCGGUCGGCGCCGCGAGGGGCAACCCAGUGGCCGUCCGCGCCCGCGCGGGUCUCCUCUCUGCGGAGGGCGAGAUCCUGGGUGCGUUCGGUCAGCUGUGGAGGACCCUCGUGGAGGCGCGGGAGGUCGCCGUCGACGCUGAAGUGGGGUUUCGACAACUCCAAGGCGAGGUCCGCCGCCUCACAGCUGAGUACCUCGCUGCUCAGAUCGAAGUCGCUCUCCUGCGGGAGCGGCUUCAGGACGAGCAGUGAGGCAGUUAGUUGUGGGUGCGGUGGCCUCGUCUUGUGAGAGUGUCUUGUUUUCUUCUCUGGUGGUGCGCGGGUGGGCGCGGUUUUACGUUGGGA